UUAUGUCAAAAUCAUGUAAAAAAAAAAACCGUCAGUGAUUAUAAGACGUAGGUAGAUCUCGUAACGUACGAAAAAAUUCUUACAUUCCUCAAGAAUUUCAACAUAAUUAAAAUUAUUGUCGAAUUAUAAUAUCAAAGAUCAAACUCAAAAACAUGUCGUUCUUAGUGAAACAGUGUAUCCGUAGGGUUUUAGCUCCAGCAGUGACAAUAACAAAAAAAUCACCAUUCUCCACAACACCUGCAAUCUUCGCUCCGAGAGUACAGAAACCCGCACCAGACUUUGCCGCAACUGCUGUUGUAAAUGGUGAAUUCAAUCAGCUUAAACUAGCUGACUUUCAUGGAAAAUAUGUUGUUCUUGUCUUUUACCCUUUGGACUUUACAUUUGUCUGUCCAACUGAGCUGAUUGCCUACAGUGACAGAGCUAAAGAGUUUGCCAAUAUUGAUUGUCAAGUCAUUGGGGUGUCAACUGAUUCUGAAUUUAGUCAUCUCGCAUGGAUUAACACACCAAGAAAGGAUGGUGGCUUAGGAAAAUUGGACAUACCCUUACUGUCAGAUUACAAAAAGAAAAUUUCUCAAGAUUAUGAUGUACUAUUAGAUGAUGGAUUCGCUUUACGUGGUCUCUUCAUAAUCGACAGAAAUGGUAUACUGAAACAUUUAUCUGUAAACGACUUGCCCGUCGGCCGGUCGGUAGACGAAACACUUAGAUUGGUAAAAGCCUUCCAAUUUGCUGAUAAACACGGAGAAGUAUGCCCAGCAAACUGGAAUCCAGAAACAAAUGCUGAUACAAUUAAACCAAACCCGAAAGGCAGCAAGGAAUACUUCGAAAAGGCGAACUAAAACUAUAUCUCAUAUAUCAGCAUUUCGAAGUAAUAUAUAAUUUAGUUUAAGAUAAAAAUGUCUAUAAAAUAAGCAAUCUGAAUAGUAUUUUGUUAUGCAGGCAACCCAAAGUGUAAAAGAACUUUUUAUUAUAUAAUAAUAUAAAAGCUAAAUGUAAACAGUCUUUAUCAUCAAAUUUGAAUAAAAAAUAAAGCUCUA